AUGUCUCUGAGAAAUUCAAGACAAAAAGAAACAAAAAAUACAACUAAAUCCUUGGCUCCGAAAAAAUAUGGGCGAGUAACUAGAAAAGAAAAAAGAAAUGCAAGAUUAUUUAAUAGACAUGUCAUAGUUAAAAAAAUCAAAGAUCAAAUUAGACUUCUCUCUAAAGGAAUCCGUGGCGUACCAAGAGAAGAUGAAUCUAUUAAAAGUCGAAUUGAAUGGUUUACUAAGUUGAAAGAAUUUACCAAGACUUCGAGUGCUGAUAAUCUUUCAUUAUUUGAAAAUAUUUAUUUAAAUUUCGAAGCUAAAAAAAAGGAAAGUGAUGCUGUAAUUACAAGUUUACAUCAAGAAACCGACCGACUUCGAACAGAACUUAGUGAAGCUAAGAAUAACCUUGAGCAAUUUAGAAAAGAAAACGAAGGGUACAAACAAUACUAUGAACAAACUCAACUAACCAUAUUUCCUGAGUAUCUUUCAACAAUUGAAUAUUUACGAAGCAGAGUUGAUCAAUUAGAAUUAUAUUUAGUUAAGAAUGAGAGUUCAAAUGAGAGUUCAAAAUCUGGUGAUGAAAUGGGCG